CUCAGUGAAGGUUCUCAAUCAGACAUCUCACCUCUGGUCCCAGAGUCCACAGUGUUUACCUUCUAGUGGAUAAAUACUGCAUUACAGAGUAAAGACCACAGGUCAGUGACCCCCUGACCCAGUUACAGGAUGUUAGUUCCACCUGAGUCAAGGUGUUUAUGGUGGGAUCGUUAGAAACAGCAGCGACACACCCUCAGCUGACUGUGUACAGUCUGCACACAGACGUCAGCAGCGAUGUCUCGGUGUAACCUGAAGUUGUCAGUCAUUCAGGACAUUUAAUCUGAAGCAGUUAGAUCGAGAACAACUGGACUGCUUAUGUUUUUCUUCGCAAUAACAUCACAAGUUUUCCAUCCGGAAAAGCUGUGAAUUCUCUUGCAGAGAGGAAAGAGACGACUGACCACAACAGUCAAUUAACAAGUACCACGGCAGAGUAGAACCAUCAGAGCACCAUGCAGAAACCAGCUUGACAAACAGUUAGGGAAAUAGAAAAAAAAAUAUUUAAAGGUAACUGUGAGUAAAACUAUUGCACAAUUCUGUAAACUCCUGGUAUCAGCAGUACAACUACCUCACAUUUUGUUAGGCUGUAUGGUCAGUGCGGCUCUGUCUGUCAGCUUUGUUCAAAGGUAUUUUUCAUAUUCUUUUACAGUAACCGGUCACUUCUGAAGACCGCGACCAAACUCCCCUUCAACAAACUCUGAAACCAGGUUCAAACUCCUGCGGCCAGAAUGCCAAUCAUCAGCAACGCUAACCAUGACUUCAGCGCCUACUCCAUCAGCAGCGACGACAGCAGUCUGGACCGAUUCUUCACUGAAAUUCCUGAGACUGAGACAAUCAAAGGUGUUUACUAUCAGCGGGCUCAGUUUCUCCGUGACCCCAAAGAGUCGUAUGUAGUGGACCACACCCUGCAGGUCCUCAUCAAUGUCGGGGGGAACCGUUACGCCUUUCCCUGGAGCACUCUGGAGCAGUUUCCCCAGAGUCGACUAGGGCGCCUUCGCUUCUGCACCACCCCUGAGGAGAUAGCCAGACUGUGCGAUGACUACGACGAGACAUGCCAGGAGUUCUUCUUCGACCGAAAUCCUACAGCUUUCAGUAUCAUCCUCAAUUUCCUGGCUGCAGGCAAACUGCGACUGCUGCGGGAGCUGUUGUCGGUUUCCCGACAUGACGAGCUGACAUACUGGGGUGUUGACCCUACUAAUAUGGAGCGUUGUUGCCGCCGCCGCAUGAACUCACGUGUAGAGGAAGUUGCCGAAAAAGAACGUAAAGAAGAAGAGUGGCGGAAGAAGAGACUGAUGCUGAAGAAGAGCAGCACCGUGACCGAGAAGGGCUAUCGGAGACUGGUCGGAAUAACAAGAGAGGUGAUGGAAAACCCUCACUCUGGCCUGGCUGGGAAGCUGUUCGCCUGCCUCUCAGUCAGCAUGGUGCUGGUCACAGUCAUCAGCCUGUGCAUCAGCACCAUGCCAGACCUUAGAGACGAAGAGACCAGGGGCGAGUGUUCCCAGAGGUGUCACAGCAUGUUCGUGGUGGAGUCCAUCUGCGUCGCCUGGUUCACAAUGGAGUUUCUGCUCCGAUUUGUCAACGCCAAAAGUAAGCUAGCCUUCGCUCGUGGCCCACUCAACAUCAUCGAUGCCAUAGCCAUCCUUCCGUACUACGUGUCCCUGGUCAUCGACGUCAGAGAUCAGUCCGAGGAUGAUGUCAUCAUGGGGGUCGGCAGAGGCUACCUGGACAAACUGAGCCUGAUCCUGCGCCUGCUACGGGCUCUGCGAAUCCUGUACGUGAUGCGACUCGCUCGCCACUCUCUGGGCCUCCAGACGCUGGGACUGACGAUGCAGCGCAGCAUGAGGGAGUUCGGUCUCCUCCUGCUGUUCGUCUGCGUCGCCGUCGCCCUCUUCUCGCCCCUGGUGCAUCUGGCAGAGAGUGAACUGGCGCCGUUUGCUGCCACACAUCCCCACCAGAGCUUCAACAGCAUCCCGGCCUCCUACUGGUGGGCCAUCAUCUCCAUGACCACGGUGGGCUACGGCGACAUGGUGCCUCGCAGCAUCCCUGGUCAGAUAGUGGCUCUGACCAGCAUCCUGAGUGGCAUCCUCAUCAUGGCCUUCCCGGCCACCUCCAUCUUCCACACCUUUUCUCGCUCCUACCAAGAGCUGAAACAAGAGUACGAGCGAUUGUGGAAGGAGGAGAAGGAGGAGGAGAAGGCCAUAGAGUCGGAGCAGAGCUGGUCCAAGGCGGACGUGUCUUUGGAGGAGAUCACGUCUCUGUCCAAGGUCUAUCACGACGAACUGGUCUUAAAAGAAAAUCAUUCUACACUCCCAACCACGGCUUUCUGACGCAGCAGAGAGAAGGAAGGACACACGGCUGUGGGUCAGUGUGUGGACUGGAUCUACUGAGCACACGGUCAGGUGUUCAACUCCAGUCUCUCCUCGGUCAGGACACUAACUCAGUCUUUGUGUUGGCAGCUGUGUCAGCAGAAUGUGACAAGUGUGUGUGAUACAGGGAGUGUGGUAACUACGCCUGUGUGUGUGAAUGGGUGUGAAUGGAUUUGAAGCUGCGAAGGUGACGUAGUGUGAAGAACACAGACAUCAUUUUCAUCCUGUCAUAUUUUGAGUCCUGUGAGUUUUCUGGAUAAUUUAGGUUUGUCUGUCUUUGUGGUCUGGUUUCUGGCCCGUGGACCAAAUGUGGUACUAGAGCAGGUGUUUGUGGCCCUUUGUUCUUAAAAUUCCUGGAGAAAAGAGACUAUGACGGAGAAAACGUAAUGAAUAAAAUAAAAUCUCAGUUUAAAUCUUGACGUCUACGUCAGUCUUUUUCUUAUUUUAUUUAUUAGGUCUUUAAACACAAUCUUUUUCAUUCGAUUCCCUCUGCAGGUGACACGACAGGGCAGGUGAUUGAAAUUCCUCACCAGUCGUAAAGACACCAAACUCCCAACACACAACUGGAACAUCUGUGUGUGUAGAAGCAAACACUCAAAUAAGGUUUGUGUUUUUUUGAUAGUGCAGGAACAAACCAAUACUACAAUAGUACUUUGCAUGCAGAUACCAAAGCCCAGGGCCAAUAAUAAG